CUACGCCGCCGCACGAACGCUCUCUCAUUUCUGCCGUUUUUCAGAGAAUGGUGAUCUCCUUCCUCUCCACAUUCAAGCCCAUCGCCUUCUUUCCCACCCAAAAACCCUCCCCGCCGCCGCUCUUCCGCUGCAAUCUCUCCCUCCCCACUGUCACAAUCACCGAGCCGGAACCCGUCUUCACCUCCGUCAAGACCUUCGCCCCUGCCACCGUCGCCAACCUCGGCCCCGGCUUCGAUUUCCUGGGCUGCGCCGUCGAUGGCCUGGGCGACCACGUCUCCGUCACCGUCGACCCUUCUGUCCACCCGGGAGAGAUCUCCAUCACCGAGAUUUACGGCAGCCACGCCUCCUCCAAGUUGUCCAAGAACCCGAUCUGGAACUGCGCCGGGAUCGCAGCGAUUGCCGCCAUGAAAUUACUCAACAUCCGCUCCGUCGGCCUCUCCCUCUCCCUCGAGAAGGGCCUCCCGUUAGGGAGCGGCCUCGGAUCCAGUGCAGCCAGCGCCGCCGCCGCCGCCGUGGCCGUAAACGAGCUAUUCGGCGGGAAGCUCGAUUCGAGGGAAUUGGUCCUGGCGGGGCUUGAAUCGGAAGCCAAAGUGUCCGGAUAUCACGCGGACAACAUCGCCCCGGCGAUAAUGGGAGGGUUUGUCUUGAUUCGUAGCUACGAUCCGCUGGAAUUGAUGAGGCUGGAGUUCCCGGCGGAUAAGGAAUUGCUGUUCGUUCUGGUGAGCCCCGAAUUCGAGGCGCCGACGAAGAAGAUGAGGGCGGCGCUGCCACUGGAGAUCGCGAUGCCGCACCACGUGUGGAAUUGCAGCCAGGCGGGAGCGCUGGUGGCGUCGAUUUUGGGAGGGGAUCUGGCGGGACUGGGGAAAGCUCUGUCGUCGGACAAAAUCGUGGAGCCGAAGAGGGCUCCCCUGAUUCCGGGGAUGGAAGCUGUGAAGAAGGCGGCUUUGGAGGCUGGGGCGUUUGGGUGUACGAUCAGCGGGGCAGGGCCGACGGCGGUGGCGGUGGUGGAAGGGGAAGAAAGAGGGGAAGAGGUCGGGAAGAGGAUGGUGGAGGCUUUUCGGAGAGAAGGGAAUUUGGAAUCUGUGGCUAUGGUGAAGCGGCUCGACAGAAUUGGUGCCAGGCUUGUGAGUAGCGUGCCAAGAUGAUGGCUGGUAUUGUUUUCCUUCUUUUUCUAUUUAGGGUUCAUGUGAAUUUGCAGUGAUGUAAUUGGGAGGAGAUGAUAUUGUUAGGUUGAUUGAUGAACAGUAUGAUCUGGCUCUGCAAUGGCGGCUUCUGUAUUUAGCUAUAGCUAUAGUUGUUCAUGUUCUAAGCGAUGAUGAGAUGGAAGAACCCUUUAUUCCUUAGGUUAAUAAGCAGCAAUGAAUUCCCGAGUCUGUUCUGUUGUAUUGAGAUUGAAUUACAUUUUAGAAGCAGUUGGAGACUGAGAGAUACACUGCAAGAACACAAAAGAGCAGGUGGGAGGGUGACUGGUUUUUGGGUUGGUGCAACUACUCACUGAUAUUGACCGUGUAAAACAAACACGAGGGAGGCACCAAUUCUUCCCUAUGUAUUGAACUUAUUUGUUUGACGUUGUAACCGUUGUACGUGAAACUAUUUUAAUGUAAUUGUGUGAAUUUAGAGUAUUGCGUUGUUGACUUUUUGUUUAAUUUAAAGUUGACUUUUCUAUUGUAUAGGUGAUUUUUUAUGAUAUGAUAAAGACACUCCCUUGGCCAAUUUCCUGGCUCUGCCACCGUCUAUCCCCACUCAAUCUGCCAUUUUUGGAAGGAUAGACAUGAUAGCUGGUUAAUGAUUGAUCAAGUUUGAUGGUUCGCCUUCUGAAACAAGAAUGUAUGGAUCAACGACUUCGUGAUCGUUCUCUGAACUACCGGAUUAUGGUAAAGCUUGAAGCAUAAAUUUUAUCUACUUCUGGAGAGAUCCAUGAGUCUCAUAGCAAACAACUAUUGGAGGAAGCAUCAACAAUGUCUUGAAGCCACUAAUAAGCAGAGAUGCAGAAGCUGAACUAAUCCUCAAGUUUGGCCGGACUUUAGACCAUAAAACAUUGAUCAGUACAAAGUGCAUAAGUUGAGAACUACUCAGUUCCUUUCGAGGAAGAUCUUACUGACUCUCGUCCAACUCUCUAACCAUAGGGAAGAAAGAACAUUCAAAGAAUGAGUAUACAUAUUCAUCAUCUAAGCUAUUACUAGAUAUAAAAGGAUUCCAGACUUUUUGUUUUGCUACAGUUCGUACACCAAUAAUGCACAAAUAGGAAUGAGGGGAAGAGAAGAAGGAACAAAAAGAGGAUGCUAUGGUAUUAGUAAGGCAUCAGGAUUUUGUGGUGGAAUUUUGCCCCAAAAUCUCACGUCUACUGUGCUCGUUUGGAACCUCCGAUUCUAGAUGUUGUAUUCUCAGUAUAUAUGUAUUCUGAGAAUACAACGUUUUUUUUACU